AUGGUGUUUUUCUACACAAUGGGGAUAUUGUCAUCUGGUUUAGUGACGUUCUACCUGAUCUGCCUUGUCUUCUUCUUGGACCUGGCGCUGGUCGCCUUCGUGUACUCCUGCUUCCUCGGAAACGCUUUCAUGGGACAGCUCAUCACCCUGGUCAUUUAUACGUUUACCUGCAGCAUCAACAUCAUUCCACACAUGCCUGGCGGUGACCUGCUGAUGCUUUUGCCGCAGUAUGCCUUCGGCAAGGCACUGGGUGCCUUUCUUCAUCAUGAGGGGACCGGCUGGUCUCCAGAGGCAGAGCUGCAGGGAUUCGACAUCUAUGGAGCAUUGGGCUGGCUGAUUUUGGAUGCGGUUGUAUGGACACUUCUUUGGCUUUACCUGGACCAGGUGAUUCCCCACAACGGCGGCAAUGUUUUGCGCCCAUGGUUUCCUUGCGAGCCAGCCUACUGGAGAGGCGACGAGGGUGUUGCCCAGCAUGGGGCCACGGAGAUGAGAAGCCUCAAUGUGGGCGCGGAGGGUGCUGAGCCUGCUGCUGAGGUGCACAUGGGCCUGUUUGAUGUUGGUAAGCGCCGUCAGGUGCCGCAGCAGGCACUCCUACCUGACGAGACACCUCACUUCGGCCUGGCCCUCAGUGUGGUUCAAGAUGGUGCACGACAAUCCAUUGACGAAACGAUGUCGCAGCAUGGCCGGAGUUCUCUUAUCGAGUCCGCCGCCCAAUUGCAAUACUUGCUUCGCUUCGAGGCGGAGGGCACGCGUUGUUAUGUGCUGUGCGCUCCUGCAAGAACCUUCGGUGAAUUUGCAAUCGAACCGCUGAACAUCUACCAGGCAGAUCGCGGGAUGAUGGCCCAGAUCAUGUCCAACCGCUGCGUGAAGGUCGAUGAACUCCGCGUGUAUUUCAAAGGUAUCUACUCCGAAGAGAUCAGGGCCGUGGACGGGGUCAGCAUGGUCAUGUUUCCUGAUGAAAUCUUCACGCUAUUGGGUCACAAUGGAGCAGGCAAGUCCACUACAAUGUCAGCGCUUUGUGGGCUUAUACCUCCAACAUCAGGCAAAAUCUCGGCAUUUGGCUUGGACGUUCCCAAGGACAUGGUGGAGGUGCGGAAGUCAAUGGGCUUUUGCCCACAGCACGAUGUUUUGUUUCCAGAGUUGUCGGUGGUAGAACACAUCUCGCUCUUCACGACUUUGGCAGGGCGGUCAAUAAGCAGCGAGGCGUCCGUGUUCCAACUGGUCGCAGAUGUUGGUCUCGGCUCCCGUGCGAACUUCUUGGUCACUUCCCUGUCCGGGGGCAUGAAGCGCAAGCUGUCCGUCGGCUUGGCAUUUUCAGGAGCGUUAUGCCGAGCGAUGCUGGGUCUUUGGUUUGGUGACGGUGAGUGUGCGAGCCACGAGCGAGCGAGAGAGAGAGAGAGAGAGAGAAAGAGCAAGCAAGAGCGCGUGCAGAAGAAGAAUAAUAAGAAGAAGAAUAAGAAGACAGCGAGAGAGCGACAAAGCGAGAGAGCCAGAGAGCAAAAGAGCCAGAGAGGGAGAGAGGGAGAGAGCGAGACAGGGAGAGAGGAGAGAGCGAGACAGGGAGAGAGAGGGAGAGAGGGAGAGCUUCAGAGAGCACCACAUCCACAACCACUGAAUUUGAAAACCCCUAAUCACACCACGGGCCGCACUCGCCUACACACUUGCCUCCAAAUCCUGGAUGGUAUGGAACAGGACAGCCACCCCACUCCACGGGGAAAGCCGCCGCACGCCACCGCAGCAACGAACGAAGCCGGGGUAGGCAUGCCCAUCCCACGCUGGCCGGAGCUCCACACCAGCAGGGGACACCAUUACAAAAGCCGCAGCAGGACAUGGCAAACAUGGAAGGCCGGGAAACAACCGGCAAAUUUGGGAGGGGGGGAGGGGAUGUUGCGGCGGAGGACGCCCUGGCCACCCUUGACAUUGACAACCUGGUCGAAACAGCUAGGGCCAGCACCUACACAACUGGGCCCCGACCGGACCGCUCACAAACGCAAAGACCACAUAACUGAAAGACAUCUCGUCCGUGACGCAGAUAGCCUGUGA